AUGGGUUUUGUCACAACCAGAGCCGGCUGCCGCCGCCGGCAGCACCUGGGCCGCUCCCAGGGACGCCGCGAGGCUCACCCGGUAGAGCCGCCCGGAGCCCCGGGCCCGCUCCGCCUCCCGCCCGGCCCCGCCGAGCGCUCUCGGGCGCGGCGCCCACCCAGGGCCGAGGGCGGCGGCAGGAAAGCGGCGCGGAGGGAGCGCGGCCCGGCCGAAAGGCGGCACCGGACAGGCCGCGGAGGGCGCGCCGAGCUGAGGCGGCGCCGCGCUGGGAAAGCCACCCCGCCGGCGGCUCUCCACCAGGCCCGGGCCCGCCGCGCCUCUGCCCAGGCCGCGCCGCCAGCCCCGCUCCCCGCCGCCAAGGGCAGGAAAGCCCGGCAGGUGCCACCGCGGCCGCGCUCCGGUCGGUCGCGGUUUCCCCGUCCCCUCUCUCACCGUGCACGCCGGGCCCGGCCCCGCUCCCGCCGGCUCCGCGGCCCCGACGCACCGAGCGGGCGGCGCGGCGCGAGCGCGACCCCGCGCGGGCACGUACCCGGGGGCGGGGCUGGCGCGCGCGCGCGGCGCCUGGCAACCGGCGGCACGAGCGCACCGCGGCCAAUCGGCGCCCGGCGAAAGCGCUGGCCACGCCCUCCCGCGCCCCGCCCCGCCAACCCGCCCCGUGCGGCCCCGCCCCCGCCCCGGAGACCCGCCCACUCCCGCGGGGUCCGCCGCACGGCUCCGCCCCUGCCCCGCCCCCAGGCCCCGCCUCACUGGCGCAGGACCCGUCCCCGCCGCUCCAGGCCCGGCCCCUGUGCGCAGGCCCCACCCACGCCCCUCGCGCGUCCGCCGCGGGGUGACCCGGGCCCCGCCAGAACCCGCCCCUCCGAGCAAGCUCCGCCCUCCCCGCACGUGCCCGCCCCGGGGUGA